GGAGCGGACUGUUGCCGGCGGCUGCAACUCAGACCCGGGCGUGGACGCGUCUCGUCCCCGCGCCCCAUCCGCACAUCCACGGGGGUCCGAGCCACGUCCAAAACUUGCCUUUGCUUUGCAAGUAUGUACAGUAUGCGGCUGAGCGCAGUUUAAAGAUCUGCUUCCCCAUCCUCCCUCCCUCAGGAUUACCUUCACUCACGAUGGGUUCUGUGAUGUUGGACUGGAGGUUAUCAUGUCUUCUUCUGCAGGCAGCGUUUUUGCUGCUGCUCAGCAGCGGGGAGAGGAUGUGCCCUACGAGUUGUCGCUGCGAAGGAAAGAUUGUUUAUUGCGAGUCUGGCAUCUUCCAAGACAUCCCGGUAAACAUCACCACGGGAUGCCAGGGUUUGUCUCUGCGCUAUAACAGCCUGCUGGUUCUGCUGCCCUACCAGUUUGCUCAUCUCAAUCAACUGGUCUGGCUUUACUUGGACCACAACUCCAUCAAUACCAUAGACGUGUUAGCUUUCCAAGGUGUACGCAGACUGAAAGAACUGAUCCUCAGCUCCAACAAAAUCACCUUUUUGCACAACAACACAUUCAGUGUCAUACCCAACCUGAGAAAUCUGGAUUUAUCUUAUAAUCAGCUACAGUCUCUGCAGCCUGGACAUUUCCACGGCCUGCGCAAGCUACAGAAUCUCCACCUUCGAUCCAAUGGACUAAAACAGAUCCUCAUUCGCACUUUUAUGGAAUGCCGCAGCUUGGAGUUUCUCGACUUGGGCUACAAUCGCUUGCGCAGCGUCACUCGCACCACAUUUUUGGGACUGUUCAAGCUGAGAGAGCUUCAUUUGGAACACAAUCAGUUUUCCAGGAUUAACUUUUUCAUUUUUCCGCGCCUCACCAACCUGCAGGCUCUUUAUCUGCAGUGGAACCGCAUCCGAUCCAUAAGUCAAGGUUCGCCGUGGACCUGGCAAAAGCUUCAGAAGUUGGACCUUUCAGGGAAUGAAAUCCAAAUGUUGGACCCCGCCGUUUUUCAGUGCAUGCCCAACUUACAAAUGCUUAACCUGGAAUCCAACAAGCUGAGCAGUGCACCUGUGGAGGUUGUGGCGGCGUGGACCUCCCUGACCACCAUCAGCCUGGCGGGCAACGCCUGGGACUGCAGCCCCGGCAUCUGCCCCCUCAUGGGAUGGCUCAGAACUUUCAGGGACUCCAAAGACAUCAACAUGAUUUGCAGUGGUCCCAAAUCCGUGCAGGGCGAAAGAGUGGUGGACGUGGUAAGGAAUUAUUCCAUAUGUGCGGACGUGUCGAGCAUGUUCUCUAGCACAACUGCCCUCACGCUGAGGUCAAUGCAGACGGAGAACGUUACGACUUGGCCAGCGCCCUCUGGACUUACAGACCUGACUCAUACUGUGUCACCCUCAAAGAAAUUAACUACAUCUGUCCGUCCCGGGGGGACAGAGCGAAAGACGGUGGAGAUCACAACCGUCAGCCUUACAUCCCACAUCUCGCCCGAAGCCUCGACAUCUUUUAUCCCAGAGCUACAAUUUGAACACAUGUCUUUCCAUAAAAUCAUCGCAGGCAGCGUAGCUCUGUUCCUGUCCGUGUCAUUGAUUCUGCUGGUUAUUUAUGUCUCGUGGAAGCGCUACCCCAACACCAUGAGGCAGCUGCAGCAGCACUCACUCAACCACAAGCGGAGGAAAAAGGCCCACAAGCAGGAGCAGGACCUUAAUUCUCAGUUGCAGGAGUACUAUCUGAACUACCAUUCGAACUCGGAGACAAUAGACUCCUUGGUGAAUGAGACGAGGCCGUGCACGUGCACUAUAUCAGGAUCUAUAGAAUGUGAGGUGUGAGGCACUCGUUCCACCUUCAAGAGACAUAGGGUGCAAUGCCUAAGCAAGGAUAAUGUUUUUCUUUUCCUCUAGGAGAUAACGUGUUUUGUUUUUUUUAUCUCUGAUGUUAGAUUAUAGAUUCUGCAGCACUGAAGGAAACUCUGUAGGGCAGAGAUAAAUAUAGUUAUGUGCACAGAAAAGAUGGUUGGAAUGGAGGGAUAUAUUUGGAGGGAGCUAAUUACCACACGACUGACAUGAGAGCAUCAGUGGGGUCAGGCAGGUUAACUGUGUAUGAUCUAAAAUCACACGUGGGCCUCUGCUACAGCAGAGGUCGGCUCUGCAGAGGGAGCGACCUUACUCUUUGUCACAGUAUAUCACCAUGAGCCGACAAAGCCACUUUUUACUUGCCUGUCUCGUUUUUAAUAUUAUAUGCCCUGCAAAGCUUUAAGGUUGUACAAGUGCAUCUUUUGAGUUCAUUUUUGUGUGUGUAAGUGUGUCACAGGGAUGAGCUGAAAAUCCCCCAGUUAAGAGACUUGUAGUUGGAAGUGUUACCGUGUUUACAUCUUUUUUUUUCACAAAUAGUCUUUGUCCUGUUGAGUUAUUUUGCAUUUGGCAGCUCCACGACAAGUGGUGAACAAUCACGGAAAGCGCAGCAUUUGCAUGAAGCCAAUUAUUUAGCUUUUUAAACUAAAUUGUUUAUUAUUGAAUAUUUAUUAUGAUGCCUCUCUUAUAUAAUAUGAUCAAUUUUA